UUAAGCCUUCUGUUCCUUUCAGUGCAUUUGGUCUGGUGCCAAACGAGAGUCAGCACUUAGCCCAAAAGUAUCAUUUUCCAGCACACAGAAUCAGAAGGAAAACCCCGCCUCUUACACCCACUACUAAUUACCAUACCACAAAACUGACUAGUUGCAUCACUGGCCCAUCACUUGUGAAUAUCUGCUUUCCAGAGCUCUCAUUCCUGCAGAGAAUGAGUUUGAGCCACAUGGAAGACAUGCCUUUAAGCCAUUCAGGCCCUCAAGGAACACACAGACCAUCCUGGAAGCAAUGGUUCCUCUACUCAACCAUAGUUAUUUUGCUGUUUCUCUGCUCCUUCAGUACACUAAUUCUUACUUUUCUUCCACUCAAGACUGCCAGUGAGCCCUGCAUAGCUAAGUUCGGACCACUUCCUUCAAAAUGGCAUAUGACAUCUCCUAAGCUUCCUUGUGUGAAUAAUACAGCUGAUUGGAACCUGAAGAUACUUCAGAAUGGCUUGUAUUUAAUUUAUGGUCAAGUAGCUCCAAAUACAACCUACAAGGAACCAGCUCCCUUUGAGGUGCGGCUAUGUAAAAACAAAGACGUCAUACAAACUCUAACAAACAACUCUACAAUUCAAAAUGUAGGAGGGACUUAUGAACUGGAUGCUGGAGAUACGCUUCAUUUGAAAUUCAACGAUGAACAUCAGGUUCUUAAAAAUAAUACCUACUGGGGGAUCUUAUUGCUAACAAACCCCCAAUUUAUCUCCUAGAGACUCAAUUUGGUCUCCUCAUCAUCUUUAGCACAUGCAGAGAGGCUGAUGGGUGGGUUGAAGGAGGCAGAUUUUCAACACACACAGUUUGCCUGCAUGCACAAAUCAGCAUAAACAGAACUCUUGUCUGCAUGUGAGUUUUCAUCUCUCAAGCUUAACUGAAGACAAGCCAGAGACAUUUGAUUACCCCCGACAUUGGGUUGACAAAACACUUUACUAAUCCAUGAUAAAUGACUAUGGGUGGCUCGAGGACAGAAGCUUCUCAAAGAGUCUUUGUCUAAUUCUUAAAUCCUUGGGUGAAAAAAUUGUCUUAUAUCCCUGGGAAUCUUAACUGGUAUGCCAAAAAAGAUCCAGGGCAAUGGUCUGGCUUUGUUCUCAUAUUCUUGGGCUGCUUCACCUUAUUCUUCCCAUACUCCUGUCUUUUGAGGCCCUCCUAUUAAAAGUAGUCAGACUGGGAGGGUGGCCACAAACAUGCCAACAACACCCCACUUUAGAUGUGAUGAUGUUAGAUGAUAGGGAACACUAUCGUUAUUGGGACAGAGGCAUAGGUGGCAUGGAAUGGAUGCACUUUACUUGGGAACAUCCCUGGAUUUCAUCAUGUUCAGGAUGCAGAGUGCUUUAUAAAACCAGUUGGUCAAAGGACUCAUUCUGAACCUUCACAGAGGCUCCUGGGAACUUGUUUAUUGUGUCUACAUGUUGUCAGUGGUAAAGAAAGAGUAAUCAUAAAAAUUAACCCCCAGAAAUUGGUAUCAUCAGUACUGUAUUAUGUCAUGUAAUAGUUUCCUGUUUUUAGCUGGCUCUUCACAGUUUGCCAAGUGCUUUCAAUAUAUCACAGGGCAACUCCAGGAAGCUAACGGGGCAGGUGUUUUGGCACAAUUUAAACAAUGAGAAUAUAAAGGCAGAGAGAACAUCGGUAAUUUGCCUCAACCCAUAGAACUAGAGAUUAACAGUGGGCUUCCCCACUGUCUCGUACUGCCUUAGCUUAAGAGUUGAUAUUUCAGCUUUCGUGUUAUAGUCUAUAAAGUUUAGCAGAUUUAAUUAUCAGGAGAUACAUUCCCUUUCAGCCCAAGGUGGGUAGAAUAAAGCUACAACACAUCUCUCCUUUCUUAGCAAACUUUUCCUUUCCCUGCUUAUAGCAGGAAACACAAGGGUAUUGCUCAGGGCUUCCUUCAAACAAAUCCCCUUGCUGCCUUGGUCACAUGUGUUAACUUCUGAAAAUAAUGAAUAGCACUCAAUUCAAUAACAGCCUGCUAAAAUUUUAGACUCUGUUAAAUUAAUUAGCUGCUUGUGGAUUCUUGUUGAAAGGUAUGUAAUAUGACUAUAUGAUAACCCAAUUUAAAAUAUUUAUGGAUAUUUGUAAAAAGCUACAUUGUUAAUUAAUACUAUUACAUAUAAAGCUAAUUUAAAAAUAUUUGUAUUGUUUACAAAAAAAAAUUGCUCAGGCUAAGCCUGAGACAAAAAAAAAAAAAAAUCUGCUGAGUAGCUGUAUGGCCUAAACCUGGAUACCUUUUUCUCUUGUAUUUGCAUAUCUUCUCAGGAAAUUAAAGUUAUAUCACAUAUUUAUAGAAGCCCACUGGUAUUGAUUGUUGUUGAGUUAUAAGCAGCAGUGUGCUGGAGUGCUGGAGUGAACUAGCACUAAGCUCAUGAUAGCUGAUUGUUACAUUUUCAAAAUUUUGCAAUCUGGUUAUUAAUUAGUCAUUCUUGAAGUUGGCCAUGGUGGGACUAUUUAUACCAUGGGAACUGGCAAACACAAAUUAGGGAUUUUCCUUGUGGAGAGCCUGUUAACCAGCACACGGCUAUUUGUAAAACACUCCUUAAUGACUUCUCUCUGCUCCUGCCUUAUUCCUGGGACAAUCAAGGUAGGCAAGAGAGUGAAAUUAUCAUACUUCCAGGAAGAGCCCCCCAUGGUAAUGAUUUCUCAGGGCAAGGAUGAGCUCAGCAGCUGCAGGGAGAGUGAAGGCUACCAACAGACGAUCUUUGAAUUUUCCUGGUGUUGUAAUUUCAGCCUUUGUUUUCAACGUAUACUAUUUCCUUGUUUCUUCAAAUAGAUGAAACCUAUAUAAAUGUUCUGUUGGUAAGUGGGCUGUAGCUAACUUAUCCGUGGAUUAUCAGUUUAGCAUCAGUGAUAUUGAGAACUUGAGGGUGCAUCAGAGAAAUCCUUGCCCAAAUGAAACACUGCUUGGCUAGUGUUAGGCAAAAGUGAGAGCUGGAUGCAAUCAGCUUUUGGUUAUAGCUGUUACAAUUUUUGCUGGGUUAGUCAGACAGUUUCACAUUCCGACUUCUGUCCCUCCCUUCAACUCCACUUCAGCCAUCCUCACUAACAAAGCCGUCACCAACCCCUUUCAUACUGUUUUUUACCUUCACUCUUGCCCAUCAAAACCUACCUAGAGUGUGUUACAGCACUAUGGGUUGAGUGCCUCCUGAAGAUAGCAGUUGACUAGAAAGCAACGCACUUUUGUGCAUUUGAUGGGGGCAAACUAACUCCUUAAAUAUAUCUGUUUAUCUUGGAGAUGAAAUUCCUGUCUUUUUGUGUUUGAUCUCAAAGAAGCAAUUUCAUUGGUGGAGGUGAGAGGAUAUUUUUUAUUAGAAGAAGAAAAAACCUGAUUGAUUUAUGGGCAAGGAGUCUGAGGAUUACCUUCAAGUAUAAGUUAUAAAGGAUACCUUGGUACCUACACUUUUCUUGAUCUGAAUGGAUGUGUCUCCAUUUUGGGGGUCAUUUGUGACCCUGGCAAAGUCACUCUACAGGUCAUGACUCUCCUGUGAGUCCCACAUUUAUCCACAAGAGACCAGUACACACACUUUGUGCCUACAAACUCAGAAUACGACUGCAGCAAGAUUCUCCUGUCUCUACGCCCAAGGAGUUGGUUUUUAUCUUCCUGACAGAUUUACUGGGUGGGGUCAAACUCUAGCUCAAAGUCAACUUUUGCUUUUUCAGGUGGAAGUCAGGCACUAGUUCUCUGUUAUCUCCCAAUUGCAAGAAAUAAAGCUCUUUUAGGGGUUCCCUUGAAGUCCUCCUACCAGGUUUAACAUUAGAAAGUUUCAUUGCAUCCCAUUCCUCCUGCAAAUGGAGUGGGUGAGGACUCACAGCAUGGCCCCAGGUUUUUCUUUAUAAAUUGUAUCUCAAGCUCUCCUUUUUACCACUCUGGCCUCAUUUUAGGUCCUUAAUCCAGCCAAUGUGUCAAAGAGUAGUGGGGGAAAGGGGCUCACCUUCAUUCCUUUGUAAAUUUUGCUAUAUUGGUGAGGGCAAUAGUCUUACCCUCACUUUGAUAUCUUAGUGCCACUAAUAUUAUGCUUGAGUUGAAACUGAAUCAGGUAGAGUCCCACUUUAAUAUCCAGUUAUAUUCUUAGAUGUCUAAAAGGGAUCUGAGAGACCUAUGAUAAUAUGCAAAAAUACAAAAAGCCCCAAACUCUCACCACAGGAGCAAUAAAAUAAGAGUUUAAUACAAAGGCAGAGGGAGAGGAAAAUUAUUGUUCAGAAAAGUUAGGCUUAAGAACAUUGUUACAAAUGAACAUAAAACAAUGCUUUUAAUUUCUUGAAAAUCAAGGAAAAUAGAGAAGCAUGAAGGAAAUAAAAUUGUCUUAUCUAAAAAUACUGUUUUAAUACACACUGUUUUAUUAGGAAGAAGAAACUUUCAGGGCACCAGCAUGGCUCAGUAGGUUGAGCAUCUGACUCUUGAUUUUGGCUCAGGUCAUAAUCCCAGCAUCAUGGGAUCAAGCCCUGUGUCUGACUGAGCUAAGUAUAGAGCUUGUGUAAGAUUCUCAUUCUCAUUCUCUCUCUCUCUCUCUCUCUUUCUCUCUCUUUCAAAAAAAAAAAAAAAAAAAAGCCAAGAAACUUCUCUCCAGCACUGAGCACUGAGCUCUGGCAGACUCUCCAGAUCCACAAUGAAUGCUCUAGAUAGUAAAAUUCAGACUUUCCAUUUAUUUGAAUGUACUGGAUUCUGCUAGCAGUUAGCUAGUUUAAGGACUUGAAAACAGCUUAGUUGGGCUAUUACUCCAAAACAUACAACAGUAUUGAUGAAUCCCAUUAUACUAUUUGGGAAAGUAGGCUGGAGGGUUUAUAGGACAUGUUUCAAAGAACUCAAGAAGUGUUUGGGAAUAAGAAUAUGGAAAUUCAAUGAACAGAAUCAUUAGAAUUAAGUCAACUUCCUCAUUGCUUCAAUUGCAUAAUCAGAGUGGGAACCUCUGAUUUUAGUGUCCAGGGUGAUUGUUUCCACCCAGCUUUGGUGUUUUCCAGGGACACUACAGGGGUAGCAUGUUCCUCACACUGGGUCCUAAACAUGCAGAAUUUGAGCUGCACUGGGGUGAAUUGGUGAGUUUAAGUUUUGCAGAAUGGAAGACAGAACUUCUUACCUCCUUUCCCUGCUUAUGGGUUGUAUCUCUUACCCAAUGGCAUAGUCUCUGAGAAGAAUCUGAUGUUCAAGUGUCCAGGAUCUGACACAGUGCCUGACUAAUAGUCCUUAUUGUCUAUUGACUGAACAAAUAAAUCAUAAAUUUACUUGAGCAUUGGUGAGAACUUA